AUGCUUUUUUCAAUCAUCUUCUUCCUUUGUUCUUUUUCUUGUUUUCCCCUCAAUAUAGGAGCUGCUGAUUCUAAAUCGAUUUAUGAAUCAUUCCUUCAAUGCCUCACAUCACAGCCACCUCAACACAACCCCACAUUCUCCACCAUUGUUUACAGCUCCGCCUUUAACUCCACCUCUUACACCACCGUCUUACAAGAAUACAUCAAAAACCGCCGGUUGAACAACACUUCCACACCCAAACCCGUCCUCAUCAUCACUCCGACUAAAGAAUCUCACGUGCAGGCUACCAUAAUCUGCGCCAAGAAACUCGGUGUUCAGAUCAAGAUUCGGAGUGGUGGGCAUGAUUAUGAAGGAAUAUCGUAUAUUUCAUCAGAAAAGGAUUUCAUCGUGCUUGACAUGUUUAAUUUCCGUGAUGUUAAUGUCAAUAUCGCUACUGAAACUGCGGUUGUUGAAGCCGGAGCUCAGUUGGGUGAACUGUAUUACCGGAUAUGGGAAAAGAGUAAAGUGCAUGGGUUCCCCGCCGGAGUGUGUCCGACGGUGGGAGUUGGUGGACAUCUAAGCGGCGGCGGUUAUGGUACCAUGCUUCGGAAAUACGGGUUAUCAGUUGAUCACGUGAUUGAUGCCCGGAUCGUUGAUGCUAAAGGCCGGAUUUUGAAUCGGAAAACAAUGGGUGAGGAUCUUUUCUGGGCCAUACGUGGCGGCGGAGGCGGCAGCUUUGGUGUUAUAUUAUCCUACACCGUGAAAUUAGUUCCGGUGCCGGCGGUUAAUACUGUUUUCCGGAUUAUGAAAACGGUGGCAGAAAACGCAACGGACAUCGUUUAUAAAUGGCAGUUAGUUGUGCCUCACAUCGACGAUCGUUUAUUUAUCCGAGUUCUUUUGCAACCGGUGACAGUGAAUAAACUAAAAACAGGUCGAGCUACAUUUGUAGCUCAUUUCUUGGGUGAUUCCGACGCAUUGUUGGCUUUAAUGAACAAAAACUUCCCGGAAUUGGGUUUGAAGAAAGAGGAUUGUCUGGAAGUAAGCUGGGUUCAGUCGAUACUUUACUGGGCCAACUUCGAUGUCAACACGACGGCAGUGGAGAUCCUCCUCAAUCGCCACUCCGAUAACGUUAACUUUUUGAAACGAAAGUCCGACUACGUGCAAACCCCAAUACCAAAAUCUGGGUUGACCUCGAUAUUCAACAAGUUGGUUGAAUUAGGUAAGAUUGGUUUGGUGUUCAACCCUUACGGCGGGAAAAUGAAUGAACUGCCGGCGGACGCUACUCCAUUCCCUCACCGUGCCGGAAACCUGUUCAAGAUCCAGUACUCUGUGAACUGGAACGACGAUGAUCCGGAACUGGAGAAAAACUACCUUAAUCAGGCAAAGGUUUUGUAUAAGUUCAUGACAGAGUAUGUAUCCAAGAAUCCAAGAGGUGCAUUCUUGAACUACAGAGAUCUGGACAUCGGCGUUAGGGCAGGAACCGGAAAGAAUGGUUACAACUCCGGCAAGGUUUACGGGGAGAAGUACUUCAUGGGGAACUUUAACAGACUAGUGAUGGUGAAGACUGCUGUUGAUCCAGAUAAUUUCUUUAGGAAUGAACAAAGCAUUCCUACUCUUCCCGGAAAAAGCACAGGCAAGCCGAGGAAGAUGACGACUUUAACUUAG